CAUAUAUAUGUCAUGUUUGAAGUCCCGAAAUUGCCGGUAUUAACUUUAAAUAUAAUAUACGACUCAUUUAUUCUUAGGUUUUCUCUUAAAGUCUAACUAUGUUUUUUGCUUAUCGCAUUCCAAUUUGGGAUUUCAAAUACCAAUCCAUAAUUCUAUGAAAGCGAUUCGCAAGGUUUAUCUGCACUCCGUCAUGAUAAAAACCUUGCUAUGGAGUAUUUAACAACAAACUGAACGAGGGUGGUUGAUUCCAUCGCCUCGCCCCUUCACGUUUCUUAAUUGGUGCCCCAAAAACCGACAGAGAACUGAGCGGCACCGAGGCAAAGACGACGAGAUAUGAGAACACCGUCCACUCUAGCACUCGCGGCACCACGAGGGAUGUGUGGCUAUAUGAUUCUAAAUGCAAACUUUUUAAAUACCCUUUACACUGAUUUAAAAUACAAUAGUGUCAUUAUUGAAGUUUUGACAGUAAUGUCACAUGUAAAAUGAUUUUAGUAUCUUUAAUGUGGUUAAAGUUUUGAGUUUAGAGAUAGUAGGUACAGUUGGUAUACGUUGGAACUGUGUUAAGAAUGCAGAGCUUUCAUAGAAUGAAGCUAAUGAUUUGUUUUCUUUUUUCUCAUAAUGUUAUAGUACUCAUAGUUACAGCUUAUCCUAUAGAAAGAAUAGAUCCUGAUAAUUCCGAGUUGAAAGAUGAAAGGCGCUAUCCAAAUGGAACGGUUGUGGGGACAUAUACUUAUAAAGAUAGGGAAGGCAAUCCUGUACAUGUGAAAUACUUUGCUGACGGUUCAAGUUAUGGUGUGGAACUAAAAAGCUUUAAAGUUGUCGAUUCGAAAUCUCCACUUCAACAACAAAAAACGGACUUUUCUGCGAAAACGGGGGAUAUGAAUGUCGAUAAAGGUUUUGGGUUAUUCGAUGAUAAAGCUCAACCGGUCCCUAAAUCAGACUUUGACAUUUAUAUGGAAAACGAGAUUAAGCCAGAAAAAUGCGGCACAGAGAAAGUUCGCGUGUAUUAUGACAAGAACAAUAAAAGAAAAAUAAGAAACGCUUUUAAUCCAAACGAAUCGUUCCGUUCCUGUCAACGUUUUUAA